AUGGUUAUUUUUGAGCCAUUCAACAAUCCCUUGGAGAUAUUGCCGCUACCACUAAAGCUCUUUGCAAAACUUGGCGUAACUCAGUAUUCUGUCGAUCGUGUUCGACUUUUAAUCUUCAACUCCUACUUGCUGCUCACAUUUUUCAUACCGAAAUUUUGCCUCGGGUACGACACCAUCCCUCAAUUCUUUCGAGGCGUUGCCGAAGGUAUGUGUGGAGUGAAUACUUGUAUUACGCUGUUUUGUCUUUCUUUCAAAAUGGACCAAAUGGAGAUGUUGCUGCGAGAUCUAAAACUUUGGACCGAUAUAGUGAGCAUUACCGAUGAGUACAAACAAAUUCUGAUCACUCUUAACACGGGCAUCCAUAAAUACACAAAGUACUACUUUAUUUUUACGAAUUGUAUCCUUGUGGCUAUGAUGGCCAGUUCUACGGCUGGUGUACUGUACAUUUACACCUCGCAAACUCCCGGCCAAACUGUUUCCUUCCCACUUAUAAUGGAGCAUCGUCUAUACACAUUGAAUGCUCACCAUGAUCUUCUUCAUUGGUUUUUGUAUCAUAUGUUACUUAUACCAGCUAUCCUCAUAAUGGUGAUUAUAUACACGGCCAAAGCUGGAAUGUUCUUCGGUUCGAUUUGUUUCUGUUCGACGCUGUUCAGUAUCCUUGCGCUUAAGAUCGAUCGACUGCGUUUUCUAAUCACCACUGAACAGUAUACAGCCGAGCUUAAAGAAAUCAUUGUACUACAUCAGUUAGCCAUCAGAUGUGCGAAAUUGUUGCAGAAAAUACUUAUGGACGUAAUGCUCGCGCAGUUCACCGGUUGUGUGUUGAUUUGGUGUUUCUUUUUCUACUCGAUAAUGAUAAGUGGAAUUACUGUGGAAGGUGUAACAGUGGCCGCUAUACUACUUUCCUUUUCCAUGGAAACUUUUAUCUUCUGUCUGUUGGGCAAUGAGCUUACCAUCAAAGUAGGUUUAAACUUUAACAAAAUGAUGGUAGAUUGUAGUGCUAACAGUAAUAUUUUGUUACCAAAACAGGGUGAACAAAUCAGUGCAGCUGUAUACGCAACCGAUUGGUACGAACAGCCGAUUAAGAUACAGAAACUAAUCAUACCUAUCAUACAGCAGGCCCAACAAAGAAUUGGAAUAACUGCGGCCAGAUUUUACUACAUUGAUGUCAAACGAUACGGCAAAGUAUGUACCAUCCAAAUGUUAUUCAAACAACAAAGCUCACUAACAAUUAUUUGUCUCUUUACUAACAGAACCUAAAGACCGCCUACUCAUUCUAUCUGCUCCUGAGGGAUAUUUUUUAAUCUAAACGGCAAAGGUAUACAUUUUAAAGGGAUCUCCUUUCAACCACUAGUCAACCACGAGUAGAUCGAAGAAGUUCGAUGCAUAUUUCACAAGAAGCGUUCAUGCAUAUGAUUUAAAAAUCGAUAACCUGAUUCACUAUCAGUUAAUAGACAUUUUUUGCUCUCUGCAAUACGCUCACUAUGCAAAUAGAAAUGUCACUCACAAUAAUGUAGGGUUAGUUAUGAUUGCAAGUUAAUCAGCAUGUAGUUCCAUUUACAAAAUAAAUACAAAUCGACGUAGUGCACAGCUAGAACCAUACCUGAUUGCUAAAUCCUUCAGCACACACCGAAAAGCUGACAAACCAUGAAGUUCUUCUUGAUCGAUAAGCCUCCUGGUGUGGCGACCAUUGCAAUAAAGUUGCUUAGACUAGUCGGAGUCACGAAGUUAGAAAGAUGUGAAGUGUUUAAAGUUCGAACCAUGUGUGUUGCUUUUUGUGCUCAAACAAAUGAAACAAACAGAAAUACUCACAUAAUGAUGUUCCACGGAGAAAUAUAGUUGCAUAACGAGUUCGUACAGGUUAUGGUCUACUACAAAUUGUCAAUUGAUUGGAACAGGACGCUUUGUUUCCAAUAGCAAUAAUUGAAUAAUAGGAGAAAUUAUUCAUCACCAUGUACCUACUCCGGAUGACGUCAAAAAUUAAAGCUAAUCAAUAAAAUUGUCUGUUGAGUGUACACUCCACCAGCAACAAAACAAAGAUCCCGUACUCCUGUUAGGUAACACAAGAGCGCAGUUCAUUGAAGUUCUUUCCAAUUGAGGCCAAAUGUUGACCGCAAGCCGCGGGCUAUCUGCACUCGGAUUAAAAGUGUUUUCACAGAUCACGUCAAGAGCGCUAAUCACACACCGCAAGCGAAUGGCCUACUGCCUGCCAAACAACUGUGUGUGCUCCAGUGCCAAUAAAACUCCUCUGGGUAACUGGAUGUAGACACACGGAAGGUCGCACCUACCAGACCAAACCCUAUUUUUCAAACCAUUCGAUUAAACCUUCUCUCUGUGGGAUCCCAUGUAGUACGGCAUCUAACCUCAACAUGAUGAUGACGCUUUUCUGUGCCUUCGGGCUACUUCUGAUAUGGCUGAUCUAAACCUUUGCUCAUUCGAGCAGAGUAGCUGGGCUUUUUAAUAAUAUGUUUUGCUUCAACAACAACAAUAAAAUCCCCUGUCAAUACAACGAACUGUUGCAAUCAUGGAAAGAAGGCGAAGUUUUAUCCCUUUACCCUGAGCGCACCGAUCCCGAACGUGGCUAACUCGUACCCAGGCCUUCAAGAUGUGUUGUUCUUCCUCAAUAAGCAAGAAGGAGUGUGAUUUCACACUAGAAUGAUACUCCCGGGGCCGCAAAAGUACAAUCCAUUCAACAAGCAACACCUGAAGCCUCGUGCAUAAUAACACAGCUUUAAUGAGAGUCACAACACCAAUCGAUUGUAAGCCGCCGGUGGUAGGUUUGGUACGAUUGCUUUCAAUUUGUGCACCAUUGUCAGUGCAACUGCUACCACCGCUCAGUUGCACCACACUCAGGACGACUGUUGAAGGAGCAGCUGGCCCAGAAGCAGAUAGGAGGUUGCACAAUUAUCCAAACCACUGUACAUAACUAAUUCACCAGGGAUUUACUUGCAGCACGAUCUCUUGAUCGUGAUUGACGUCAUUAUCGAUGACCGAUGUUCAUCGGGUUUGGUUUGUCGGGUUGAGAUCAUAGGUGGUACAUAGGUACAUAGGUGGAUCUCGGUCUUAAGUCCCCGUAGUAUUUUACUACAAUUCUACGCAGAAAACUCUGGAAUAUCUCUUUAUUAACAUUUCGCGAUCAUUUUAAAUUCCCCCCAACAUGUAAACUGUAAAGCACUGAGUACAAUCUACCCUAAUUAAUUAAAUACCAACUCGACGUGCCAGAGGUUGAAAGGGCACAUCCUCUAAGGUACCGUUCCGACUCGUACCGGUUGCAGCAAGCAAGAAGAAAAUCUCGUUUACUCUCCAUCGCUUACCACGGAAGUCGUGAAAGUAAUCUUGCACCGCAGAAGCACGAACCGAUCCGAAAGGUGCACACGCCCGCUCACAAACAGCAAACAGCAAUAAAAUUAAUUAUUCAACUACUGCCCUGACUUCUAACCUUCUGACUAGCUGGUAGAGUUAUGCUGCACAUGUACCUCUGCCGUGAGCUUUGUUUGUACCACCGAAAGCGAUUAUAUGGGUGGGAAGAACAACGGAACGUACAUCGCAUAUCCCUCCCUUUCCCUUGUGUAGUUUUCGUUGAAGCUUUUACUUACUUUUUCCGAUGUUCCUUGCGCUAGAGAUGUUCCAAAAAGAAAUCAACUACUUUAUUGCACCGUUGCAUACCGUCGUGCAAACAAAGUUUGCUUUACACCGUGAAAAAUGUAUGAACACAUGCAGCUUGCUUGCAGUUCGGUUACAGUGGAACUUACACGAGAAGAGAAACCCGAUAAUCUAAAGGGCAUAAAUGACGAUUUUAUCUUUUCUCCAUGGGCUUUUUUUUUUAGCGAAACUUUAACAUGUCCUACGUAUGAAACAAAGCGACUGGGCCUCCCCGAGGUUAAGUAAACACGGUGAAAAUCUAUUAGAAUCUAAAAAGGUGAACCGUGCGACCUCCUCCUGGUGAAGGCAGUAUUGCAUAAACGGUGCAAUAAACCAUGGUCCGUGGGCACCGAUCGGACCGGAGAUCAAGAUGUAAUCUUGGAACCGCAAUGGGAAACUCUUGGUAGGAAAAACGCACUAUAGUACGUGAGAGGAUGGUAUGUGGGAGUGGAAGGUUGUCCGAUGCGAUUUGUUCAACCGGGCGGUUUUAUUUGGUUCUUUUGCUGUAGGGCAAGCGUUUGAUUUCUGCUACGUUUCACGAUAGAAAGUCAAUAAUACUGUUUACAUUAUUUUAGAGGUAUACGCACUUUUGCAUUGCUGACGAAAGGUCCUGAGAGUGGUUCAUCUAAAUCGGCAAACAUAGGAAAACAAAUCGUUACUUUUACCGUUUGAUUUGACUAAACACUGGCGGUUGAUUUUAUUUAAUAAUAAGUUUUCUUUUAUUUCUGAAGAACGAUGAGGCCGUACUGCUUUAUUCAAUAUUCCAACGAAGAGCGAAAUUUUAUCGUCGUCGUCAUCGUCAUCAGAAUUAACAUAGAAAAGUGACUCGCAAAGUGAAAAUGUAUACAAAAAAUCUCCCAAAAGUAGAAAACGGACAGGGUCGUUAGCGUGUAAGGGGGAACCAUGAAUAAUGGACUCCACUUUGAGGCAACAAACAAGAUACGUCUUCUGAGCUAAUGGAAAACGAGAAUCAGCGGUCCUAACUGGAUUAUGGGCUUUUUUGUUUCCUCAACAAGCGUACGAUGUUGUUGUGAACAGCAAAAGGUACGAACUUAACGCUUCCUUAGUAGAUUUUACAAUACCGAUGCGCUGCAAUCUUUGGUACACACUUCUACCCCGUGGUACUUGUUCGAAUGAAAAACGAUGACACUAUGAAGCUUAGGCAAGCAUUAGCCGACAUAUAAUCGAAACUCACCGUGUUGGACGAUCGUUCAAGGGAAAUAAAAAAGCCCGAUUCCAAUAAGCAAUGUUUUCUGGUCGCAAAAGGGACCCACAUGUUUGAUUUAUGCGAGUGCAUCGCGUUGCCGCAUUUGUGCAUGAGUUAACACGCCACACGAGGUCAAAGGUGGUGAGGUCCGCGUGAGAACGCUUUUCCUCCCAGUGCGCUACAAAACAAAAAGUGAACGCUAACCGGCAUGAGAGAAAUAGCGCAAGACAUAUGAUGUGCAAACUUUAAUUUCAUUUUACUUCGAAAAACUUAUCGCUCCAAGACACAAACAACCUAAAAAAACGAAAUUAACUGAUUCACAUUUCAUUAUGAAUGAUCCGAAGCGAACGAAACAUUGCGUCCAAGUUUUACCACGAAAUGACCAUGGGAAAACUAUAAUUUACCUCCAAAUUCAAUCCAUCCCCCAUACCAAUGGAAGCCCAUUUAUAAGCGAUUCAACUAGAAAAACCUAUAACGCUGUAGACUUAUUAAGGGAAGAUAAAUCAACCUAACCAAUGUUUCCCAGACGCUCAGUGUCUGCGAGGUACGACGACUAAGGGAAAAGGGUUUCCAUUUCCUACCGACGGAGGUUUGGUUUUAAAACGUUCGACACACGCAACCGUGACUAAACGAUACGUACAGCGGGAGGCAAAAAUUAACGUAUACCUUACAUUACGUGCCCACGAUUGAGGUCUGGAAAAUCGACGUUCAUUUUUAACCUGUACGCAAGGAUAGUUGCAUGAAGCCAGCAUAAAUCAUCCAACAUUGGAAGCUGUCCAUUGUGUGUAUUCUGGAGCAGUUGGACAAUUUUGGAGAGAAGCGCCCUAACAAGGUAUAUCGAGUAUCUUAAUACAUCUAGGUUACACAACUGCUGCAAAGAAUAGGUUGUCUUCCAUCUUUUUUUUUAGCAAUGGUCUCUAGUUGAAGGGAUACAAUUGGGUCGAGAAAAAAUGCUACCCAUAUGUUGUCAGAAACAAUCCAAACAUUACUUUCUCCGGAGUUCGUUAGAGAAAAUGGAGAGGAUAGUUCUGGAAACAUUUUCCCCAUGGAAUCAAACAUACUGAUCAAAGUUGGUUGUUUUGCCGGUAACUAGCGUGAAAGUAUGGUUGACAUAAAUAUUGCUCCAGCUAACUGACGGAAAUCCAGAAGGAAAUCUGCGCGACAUUUAUGACAGUCGUCCACCCCAAUACCCCAACCGAGAAAGAAACACGAAUGACACGACACACGCGUACUACACUGUACUUUCUUCUACCACGCAAUCAAAGUGCUUCUAGGCGAACAAAUUCAAUGCCUCAAAUAGUUGAGCGGUACGUAUACAUUCUGAAGCAAGUGAUCUCAAGACAUACUGCCAGAGACAAUACGCGACACAGUUUUUCUUUGACCUACGAGUAUACAGAGUUACGGACGGUCGUUCGAUCGGAUAAGCAAGCUUUAAUCCACAUUUAGGGCGACUUGAAUCCAUAACGACACCGCACCAAGAGAGACCACCGUGGAUGGAAGAAGUUAGACACUCUUAGGACGAUGAAACCCCAACCAGGAAGUUGUCACAAAAUAUUCGCUUUACACUUUGCACACACCGUUGAAGUUGGGUUAUGGUGAAUGUGCGGUAAUUGGAGAACACUGCUAUUUUCUUUCUUCCAAUCAUUUCAUUUCUUGACCACAGCGUGUCGGUAACCAUUUUCUGUACGUCAUACUUUGGACAGGCGGUAGAAUAUCGUUUUCUAUCACUUUCUAUUCGUCCAGUUUUAGUCACAAUCUGUAUGGUCUUUGAUUAGCAGCAGAAAAAACACAAAUCGAGGAAGUUGGAGCUUUAUUUUCUUAUAUUCCAGUGUAGGUCUCUGACAUAUUCAGCUCAAUAAAUGAAGUUAGCGUGGAAAUAAAUUCGCUACAGAAAGCUUACUCAGGAGCUAUAACAUAAAUUCGACCACACCCAUUGAACACCUUCGAAAGGACAAGUCCUUUACGCUACGGUGUACUUAUUUCCUUUAUACGUCCAAAGUCUGAGUAGUAUUUUAUCCAUAAAUUCCACGCCCUCUUUACUUCAACCUGUUGGUGGUUCACAUUUUUGCUGUGUAGUUCCUUUCUAUGCAUAUCUUACCAUGUUACCAGAUUCGCUUUGCAUAUCACUACCCUGUCGGUCGAUGGACCGAACGGACGGAAGGAAAGUUCAGCUGUUUGAAAAUGAUUCGCUUCCCGGCAACCCGUAAAACGAGGGGAAAAUCAAAGGUAGCUAUAUUUGCGAACCAGAAAUAACCAUGUACAAUGCGAUUUAACAUAUUUCGUCCAUUUCUAUGCGCAUACCAUUUACAGCUGGCUGACAUUUUUCCUACAAAACAAAGAACUAAAAAACCUUUGACUCUGUUUGUUAUAAAUCGAUCACCAGACAAACACGAAAUGUCCGCUCGGGAUUGUCUGCGCUUGGCAACAAAACAAAGCGAAAAGAGACAUUCGAUAGUGCCUAAAGCUAUUCUCAAGCACUCAAAGGUAAACAAAGCGGCCACGAAACUUCACCACGGAAACUGUGUCAAUGAUGUUUGUUCGGUUUAUGUCUAUGAGUUCACAUCGUUCAAAGUGCCAGAAAAUCUUCCUCAAGCAAUCCAACAGACGUUGACCGCAAUAUGGGCCAAAAGUGGUAGUUUCCCCAGUAACGCCAAACAAACCAAUGCUGGGAGUGACAAUCGAACUCACUCUCACUGCCUGUCCAGAACUAAACAACAUCAUCAACAUUGACGUAACGGAACUGUUUAUUUAAAAUCGUUAAAAAAAGAUAUCGCCCAAAAAGAGAUAUUGGACAUUCUGCAGGAAAAAGUUUAACCGCAAAGGUCAAACUAAAAUCACUACAACAAGAAACAUAAACCUGACAAGCAUGGUCCUGUUGUCAAUUUCGACAUAACGGCUUUGCGAAGGUAACAUCAUUCAUGGAAGACACGCUCAAGAUCAAUGAAGUACGAAACGAUAGUAGCAUGUCUGCAAAACUAAGAGAGUCUUCUUCGUUGGUGGAAUG